AUGACCGGCGUUCUGCUCUCGGUGGUGUCAGAGGCUGAACGGAAUGCCUUUCCAUCUCUCGCCAAGCUUUCUGAGAACGAUGUGGAUAGCAUUUGGUUAAAUGUGUCGUCUUUUAUUGAGCGACAGAUGUCCGUGCAAAAGGUGAGACCAAAUGAUUUACGCAAUAAUCUUGUCAUCUAACAACAAUUUAUUUUACUGGUGAAACUUGCUCCUCAGGGGGUACACAUCGUUGGACUGGGAACUUUCACAUUCUCUCAACAAAAGCUGGAUGUGGGAAACAAGCAUAUUCUCAUCCAGAGACCAAUCUUCCUGUUGUCUGAGAAAUUCUCUCGGUCUUGUGGCCUAAAACAGGUCAAACCUUUAGCUGCAGCAGGGGACGUGCCAGUGGUGAUGCUGAACUUCACCACCUUGGCUGUGGAUAGUCCCUUUGACCGAGACACAGUGGAGGGCUGCGUUCGAGAGACUCUGCUCCUGCUGCGACGCGCUGUGGCCUCUGGACGCUCCGUCCUCUUCACCUUCACAAACAUCGGGAUCCUAUCUUUCCGCCAUAGCAAGGUCAAAAUGAAGUUCUACCGGGACUUCAUCUCGGCCAUGGAUGGCACCGGCCGGCUCCUCAUGGCCCUAAUCAACCGACCGGGAACUAGCAGCUCUCUUGUAUCAGGGAGAGUUUCCAGCCCGCAUAGACCGAGAACAGGUAAUACCAUUGCUCUUCCCAAAAUCUCCACAAAGAGGCCUGAAAACGAGAAAGAGGAGGAGACAUGCUUUUUGCCCUCUGAGCCUGGAGGAGGGGAAGAGAAUGAAGGAGAAAUGGAACGCUCCACACGACCCAAGUCACGACCCAAGUCACGAGCCAAGACGCGUCAGACUUUACCUUUAGCCAAAGUGAAUGGGAUCAGCUCCAUCGAGGACCUGGAAGGAAAGGCUCCAGCCGAAGGUGUGGAGAGCUGUGCUACAACCUCACAGCCAUUAGAGGGCGCCCUUAAAGAAGUUAAGAGGGCAGACGCUUCCCCAAGCCGAGCUUGCCCUGACCAUACGCGUGCCGGGCAGGAGCUGUGUUAUCUGUGCAUGCAGCGUGCCCAGCGUAACAUCCCUGUUUACCUGGCUGAGGAGAGACGGAGACAGGACCUGGAAGAGGAGAGGGUGCUACUCUACUAUCAGCUUCAGAAAGAACAGCAGUACCUACAGAAAGAGCGGGCAGACAGAGUUCAAAUGCGUGUAGAGACCCAGAAAGUGGCAGCAUUCAACCUGGGAGUGGCAGAGGCUCUGAGGGGGAAGAGGGGUGCCCGUCCCUCCGAUUUCCACAGCUCCUACAUAUUCAGAAGCCGCCCGUGUACCCCUCCACGACUGCCUAAACAGCAGCGCUACAUGCAGGAGCUGAUGGAGCAGGCGACCUUGCGCAGAAAUCAGCAUUUCCAGAGCCAACAAGAUCAGGCUACUGUAGACCGUCAGCACCAGGUCCAACUUGCCAACGAGAUUGCUUCACAGAAAGCCAAACGGUUUCACCAGAAGCUUCAAAAGGUCAAGGAGUAUCAGGAUGCUCUAGAUGAACAGAUGGAGCACAGAGAGGAGGGGAUCCCCGCUCGCCAGCCAGAUUCUGACGGGCCCAUUUUUGGGGCGAUGGACUGUAACCCAGUCAUGAUGGCUGAGCAGCGGCAAAGAGCUGAGAUCGUGUUUAAAGAGCAGGUGGACACGGCCAACCAGAAGAGGAGGGAAGCGCUCCUGAACCGUCUGGACGAACUCAAGAGAGAGGGAGAAAUGCUGCAAAGAAACCGCAAGGAGCUGAUGGAGGACAGGAUCGAUCAGUAUGACAAGCUGCAUAAUUUAAGAACGUCUUUAGAGAACACAUGGAGCCACAGCGCAAACCUGAAACACCACCGAGACCAGGAGGAGAAAGAUUUCAUCAGGGCCGGCAGUCAGCUACUAAUAGACCAGUGUCAGCAGUACCGUCGCUGCUACCAGUGUAAGAGACGACCCGAAAACUGUGGAGAAUCCAACAUCUGGAAGGAGUCGCGCUACAUCUCUGGUUUCCGUCUGAUAGUGUAG